ACAGAUCGUCCCCGGCAGGCUCGUCGUCCUUGAACGGCGGUAGCAGCAAUUCAAAUGAUUUUGAAAUGCCUUCCUUUCAAACAAACAUGUUCCCCAGCAAGAAUAAAGACGGAUUGUCGUCGGGAAAGGGAAAGGGGGCGCUCUACGAUGCCUACAAUCAGCUACAUACACUUGCGCAGGCCUACAAUAAGCCGUUCGACUCUCCAGCUGUUGUUGUAGUAGGACACCAGUCUUCCGGAAAGUCAGCACUUAUCGAAGCACUCAUGGGUUUUCAAUUCAAUCAAGUUGGAGGCGGAACAAAAACGCGACGACCGGUAGCUUUACGUAUGCAGUACAAUCCUCAGUGCCACGAGCCCCGAUGGUUUCUUGUCGGAGAGGAUGGUGUCGAGCAUCCGCAAACACUGACAGAAAUCCAGGCCUACAUUGAACGAGAGAACCAGCGUUUGGAACGCGAUCCGUUGAGGUCUUUCGACCCUCGAGAAAUCAACAUGCGAAUGGAGUACAAGCAUUGUCCAAACAUGAUUCUGAUUGACACACCCGGACUUAUCUCAGCACCAAGAGUUCCCAAGGGUCGGGCAGGUAGUGCCAAUGCAGCACUUGCUCAGCAACGGGCGUUGCAAGCCUCGGCGAGGGAAGCAGAAAGACUAGUAGUUGAAAAGAUGAAGUGCGAAGACUACAUCAUUCUGUGCGUCGAAGAUACGAGCGACUGGAAGCAUGGACAAACUCGGGAAGUAGUCCAGAAAGCUGACCCAGACCUUUCACGCACGGUCAUUGUUAACACAAAGUUUGAUACCAAGGUGCCGCAAUUUGGUAACCCAGCAGACGUUGAGGACUUUUUGAGGGCUCCAGUGUUGGACAGCGUUUGUCCCAAUAAGCUCGGAGGUCCCUUUUUUACUUCUGUUCCAAGCGGUCGCGUUGGGCGCAUGAGUGAUCAUAAUUCCAUGGAUGGCGACUUUUUGUUUGAUAGUGACGAAGACUUUGUAGUUGCUUGCGCGGACACUGAGCAGACGGACAGAAAUGUGGUGCUCUCUCGGCUGCGACGACUCGGGAAGGUUGACAAGAAGGAGAAAACGAGUCUAACUACGCGCGUCGGCUUAAAGAAACUUCGCACCUUUUUGGAAGAGCGGGUAGAUGAGUGCUAUCGUCGAAACGUUCGAAAAAUUAUCCCGAUGUUGCAAGCUGAGUAUUCCUCGACCGAACGAAAACUCAAAGCUUGCGAUCGUGAAUUGCAAGCGCUUUCUGUCGACCGCUUGAAGGCUGGCGCAGACGCAUUUUGCGACGAAUUCUGUGCAAAUCUGCGGAAGGCCAUGCAGGGUACCAUUGUGGCUCCCGUCACUCUAUUUGGAGAAACGUUGGGUCAAGAAACAUCUGUCUCGGGUUCAUUCCAUGGUACGUAUGUACAAGGUAGUCCGAUGGCUGUGUCCGAUCGUACGUGGGAUCGUCUUGUUGAGUCUGAAGUUGGCAACCGAGACCAUCGGUUGUACGGAGGGUCUCAAUACCACCGAACUCUCAGAGAAUUCCACCUCGCCACAAAAUGUCUUCGUACCCCGGUAAUCUCAGAGGAUGAGAUCGCCAAUGCUGCUGGAAUAGGCGAUACUCACGACGGAGUGAAUUUUCUACAUGCUGCUUGUGUUAUUUCCUUGGAAAAAGCUCGCAUUUCCUUCGAACCCUUGCUCUGGGCCUUACAAAUGCGGAUGGCGCACGUUAUGGAACGACUGUGCCCAGUGACAGAGUAUAUGAUUCGAGAAGGCCGAGAUCAGAACGCCAUGGAUAUUUCCCAGAACCCUCAGUUUCGUCAGCUGAUUCGUACAAUAUACGAGAAAUUUGUCCAGAAGUGCGCAGAUUCGGCUAUGUCUCGAUGUCGAGAUGAUUUGACUUCGAUUACUCGAUAUGUGACUUGGAACCUCGAUGAGCGCAGUAGUGGUGCCCUUACUCGUGCACUUCCUGACCAGACGGAUAUGGUUUCCGUCUAUCAGGCAACCCUCGAGAGCGCGAAGGGAGACUCAAAGGUGUCUGCAGUUGGAGACGACGAGGAUAUCAAGUCAUCGGGUCAACUGACGGCACAAAAGCCUUUGUCCCCAAUGGCAAGCAGAAAACGCAACGUUGAUCGCGACUAUCAAAAUCUGCUGCAACUUAUGGAAGAAGCAAUAAUGUCUCGGGAUGCCAAUCGGACAAACUUAGUGGUGGGUGGACUGGUACAACACAUUGUUGGAUCAUGGCGGGAGCAAUUUUGCAGAAGCGUAACGACGAAGUUCAAUUGCUACUUUAUGCUCCCGUUCGUAGACGAGUUCCACAGGUAUAUUCGGAACGAGUUGCAUAAAGCAUAUGAUGGUGAAGCCGGCACUGCAUCAGAUGUUUUUGAUCUCGCGUCGGUGCGCCGAUCGCUUGAGUCACACCGCGUCGAGCUGGAGAAUGAAUGUCUCGCCAAUAAGAGACUUCAGGAAAAGUUUCAGCUCUGUGCAAAGCUGAUGAACACCAAACAAGAGUCCGUGUUCGACAAGCCGUCUCGAUAAACAAUAUUUCAGGGGCUGACUGGCAACAGAGGGGAAUAGGUCGAUGGGGGAACUGCGGAUGCUCAAUUCCGUGUGAUCAUUCUGUAAAAACUUGCCUGGUGUUCCGACCCGAUAUGGCAUGGUCAUCGCAGUUUAUACCUAUCAAUAGUUACAAUGGACUGAGCGCAAGACAAAAUCAUCAGUUUGUCACUUUCGUCGAUUGGUAGUGUCUUCGAAUGCAUCUUAAAGAAGAAAGUAAUUUUUUGUU